CUGACAUCUUUUGGCAGACCCUAAAGGCGCUUGGACUGUCGCUUUCAUCAGUUUCUUCCUCAUCCAAAGGCACCCACACUGUCAAAGUACUGUCAUCUCUGGCAACACUCCUGGUGCCUGCAUUUCUCCUGCAGCUGGACAGUGCUCGCAUCCACAUAUCUCCAUCGCAUUGAUUGGCAGGUGUAGGCCCGCUCGAGGCAUGAGCGAAAAGGUCGAAGCGUGACCACCGUGACUUGAUAUCAAUAUCAAUCCCAGUCUCUGCCCUUUGGAUAGAUCAUCCUUUGCUCACGUCUUCAUCACUUGCAUCAUUCCAACUCAGUCACUCAUACAUCCUUGCGAUAUGGACCACUACACUCAAGCUGCUCCAAGGCCAUAUACUUCACAGACAACACCAGUGCCUUCCCAGACAAGGCUAGAUACUGUUCAACCAGAGCAACAGCUGCCUUCCAUCAGAGAGGUGAUCCCACCACCACGUUCACACAUGGCUCAAUCAACUGCCAAUGAGGUGCCUCCGACUUCGAGGCCCAUGAUGGUUCCCUACCUCAGCUCGCAACAUCACUCGAGCAUGAACGUGGCCUCUGCACCUGCUCCAACGCAGCAGCAUAGCAGUCCGAUAGCCUAUGCUGCUGACGGCUCCAACCAGAUGCACAUGAGCAAUCUCGCAACUGGACACCUUCACACACCAGCUAGAGCACCUGCAGAGUAUAGUUCGCCAUGGUCGACUUCGUCUUCAUUCACCGACGCCGCCAUUCCUAUGAGCACACAACCUACUCUCCCAACACAGCCUCAGCAAUACGGACUUGGUCAACCCAUCGUUCCGUCAGAUGCCCAGGAGAACGUCUUCUCUUCAUCAUACUCGAUGAACAGACAACCUGAAAGUCCCGUCAGUGACAGCUAUCCUCGAUGGCGUGCACCUCAGGUCGCCUCCACGCCAAGAUACAAUAACCCGUAUCUUGUUUCGGAGAGACCAUACAACCAGCCAAUGGACUUUGGCAGGUAUGGACAAUCGUAUGACCAAUACCGUAGUCCUGUUGCCUAUGAUGGUGGCUAUCGAUCUAUGGAAACCUCCCCGUACCCAAUGAAGUACAGUCAGCUCUUGUCAUACCCAAUGAUGGGAUACCCAUCACACCCCAGCAACAGACGGAGAAGGGGCAACCUCCCCAAGCAGAUCACUGAUGUUCUUCGGCUUUGGCUGCAGGACCAUUUGGACCACCCUUAUCCUAGUGACGAGCAGAAGCAAUUGUUUAUUCAACGUACCGGAUUGAGCAUUAGUCAGAUCAGUAACUGGUUCAUCAACGCCCGUCGCCGGCAGCUUCCUGCUUUGAAACUCAAAAGAGCAAAAGCCAUCGCCAGUCGGGCUUAGAUACCACGCGUUUACGCUUUUUUAAAGAAAGUAUUGAAGUUAUACGAGGGACGAUUUGAAACCAGGGACUUUUUACGACGGAAUGGAAUUAUGGAAUUUCUUAACGAAGGAUACUCUUUUUCACCUCAAGGAUACCAUGGGCGAAGUGGAAGUGACACUCAGUGCGGUAUUGGCAAUAGUACUCAUGGAGAAGAUCACAUGUUUUGAUAUUGGGCCGCUAAAGUACGAUAACUUGCUACUUUUGUUUGGAUUUGGGAACACAGACAACACCAACAGCACAGCAUCGGGAAAGAAAGACAUCAGGCAGAAGAAAACAGAAAGACGAGCAUCGUCUCGCACAUGUACAAAUAUCAUCACUUUGAUUUAGACCAGCUUUCACACAGACUUGAAUAGCAAAAGAAAGUGGCAAAGUUCAGA